AAUCUCUCUCUGCCAGCGAAAGCAGCUUUGGACUUUUCUCCGCCUUAGUUUCCUGGAUCAUCCGCUGGGGCUGUUGGAGAGCUUGAGAACCAGUCUCUCCUAUGCGUGUACAGCCAAGGCAAAGUCCAGGGCUAGAGUGUCAGAGGGGCGAGAUGUGAUCCCAGCUAACAGGUCUCCUCUGCUGGUUGAAAUGUCCAUGAUUUUAUCUGCAUCAGUCAUUCGUGUCAGAGAUGGGCUGCCACUUUCUGCUUCUACUGACUAUGAACAAGGCACAGGUGUGCAGGAGUGCAGAAAGUAUUUUAAAAUGCUCUCAAAGAAACUUGCUCAGCUUCCUGAUAGAUGUACACUGAAAACUGGACAUUAUAACAUUAAUUUUAUUAGCUCUUUGGGAGUGAGCUACAUGAUGUUGUGCACUGAAAAUUACCCAAAUGUUCUGGCCUUCUCUUUCCUGGAUGAGCUUCAGAAGGAGUUCAUUACUACUUAUAACAUGAUGAAGACAAAUACUGCUGUCAGACCAUACUGUUUCAUUGAAUUUGAUAACUUCAUUCAGAGGACCAAGCAGCGAUAUAAUAAUCCCAGGUCUCUUUCAACAAAGAUAAAUCUGUCUGACAUGCAGAUGGAAAUCAAGCUGAGGCCCCCUUAUCAAAUUUCCAUGUGUGAACUGGGGUCGGCCAAUGGAGUCACAUCUGCAUUUGCUAUUGACUAUAAAGGUGGUGGUAAGAUUUCUUCUGCUCACCAGCGACUGGAACCAGCGACUCUGUCAGGGAUUGUGGCAUUUAUUCUCAGUCUUUUAUGUGGAGCUCUGAAUUUAAUUCGAGGUUUUCAUGCCAUAGAGAGUCUUUUGCAGAGUGAUGGUGAAGAUUUUAAUUACAUUGUUGCAUUUUUCCUUGGAACAGCAGCCUGCCUUUACCAGUGUUAUUUACUUGUCUACUACACCGGCUGGCGGAAUGUCAAAUCUUUUUUGACUUUUGGUUUAAUCUGUCUGUGCAACAUGUAUCUCUAUGAACUGCGCAACCUGUGGCAGCUUUUCUUUCACGUGACUGUGGGAGCGUUUGUUACACUGCAGAUCUGGCUAAGGCAAGCCCAGAGCAAGGCUCCUGAUUACGAUGUCUGACCCCAUCUUUCAGACAUACUGCCCUGGCCUCCGGGGGAAAAGGAGGGAGCGUAUCUUAACUGCCACUGUGAUGAAGAAACUGUUCACCACACUCGAGGAGCUCUGCUUUCUUUCUCGCCAGCUAUCCUUUUUGUUUUAAGUCCGCAUGGCAUGCCUGAGAGCAUGCAGCACCCGCUAGGCAAACUCCUCAUGUUAGUCGUGGGAUUAUUAUUCAGAGGAGGAGGAGGCUUCUCUCUCCAGGGCCAUGAUCGUGGAAGAACAGUCAGAAGCCAUUUGGAGACUUGGCCAGCGGUCCUUACUCCUUCUGAAGAGUUCAAUCAAAAAAUGUGUUUGGUACAUGCUCUGAGGACCAAGCGGGAACUCUACAGUCUGGGUUCGCCUUUGUGAGGCAUGAGUAUAGCCCAAAUAAAAACAUGCCGUGGAGUUUGUGUUUAAAACAACUUGCUAAAUAUCACAUUAUUUGCACACUUACAGUACCCUGAGUUUAUGAAGUCCAGGAUGGUGUGGAAUUGGUUCUUUUUCCUUUUAUAUUUUUUGCUUGAAUCCUAACUCUGGAAAUCACUUGAUAUAGGAAAAGGCUUCUUAUGAGCUUAUCUCUAGAACAUCACAAGUAUUGAGAACAUAGUAACAUAUGUUUCCUUCCUAGACCAUGUCUGUAGUUUCUUUUGAAAUCACUUCUUAAACAUGGAAUUUGUUAGAUUAUAGCUAUCAUUCCCCAGACUUCAAUCACUUGAGUAUUAACAUAUACUAUUAUUUUUAGUAUUUAUCUUUUAAAUCUUAAAAUAGUUUAAAGACAAACUAAUCUCUACUCCAAGAGAAAAACCAGCAUCAAUUUACCAUGAGUUAACUACAAAAUAAAACAAAAACUGUUAUUAAAUUCUAACUAGAUACUAAUGCCACCCCCCACCACCACCACCACCAAGGCUCUGAAUCUCUGAAGCCUGCUCUUUGUUGCAGUGAGAGAGAUCUUACCCAGUAUGAAAAUGGGGCUCUCUCUGUGGAAUUAUCAGAAGGGUAAAACUGUAAAGGGAAUGACAUUUUCACUGUGAUUCUGCAUUAUUCACUUCUGUGUUGUAUACCGCCUAAAAUCCCCUUGUGUGCUGCCAGUGUUGUGGGUCGUGCUCUCUGGAAACAGUAACCUGUGCUAAGAAUCAGAAGGUGACUUCUCCCAAGCAGCUCUUUCUAUUUUGUGGCUUCGAAGAGUUCAGCACCUAGUAUGUUAGAGAAUUUGUUUGCUUUUUGAUAAUAAUAAACGUUCAAGCAGUUAUGAAUUAAUAAUAUAGGAAGCACAGUUUGAUUCCACUAGCAAAAUCUGCCAACUCUCUGGUUUUGGAAGGUACCUUCAUUAAUGAUUUUCUUUUGUUUUUUAAAGAAAAGAUUAUAAAAGUAUAUAUAUAAGGUACUAAAAUUUGAUAUCUAGAAAAUAAUGGACCCAUUACGUAUAAUUCAUGUUACUGGGUGUAUAUAAGCAGAAUAGUCCAGAGGGGUAAAGUUGUUGAACUACCAUGUUUGCCUGAACCCAUAUUAUGUAGGUAUAUCUGCGACUGUAAAACCUUGCUUAACUAGAAGUCUUUGUUGCACUCCCCUUUUAGGAGAAUGAGGCAAAAGGAAGACAAUAAGUUUGUAAUAUCAGGGAUUUAUUUAAAACAGGAAAUUCCAUUUCAGUUUUCUGCCUCUAGCAAAACUGCACAGAAAUUAUGUAUAUUCUAGAGCUACGCCAAGAUAUACAACAUGAUAUUAAAUCAGCAAAAUCAAGUUGAUGUAUGUUUGUUAUUUUGUACUUUUUUACUGAGCCAGGAAAGUGAAGUAGUUCAGUUUAGAAAGCUUUUUCUGAACUAAUGGUUGAAACAAGAAGAGUUCUCUUGUAAAUAGCCAGCUAACCAAGAAGAUGGAGCAUUCUGCGAUUUUACUAUAUAUAUUGACACUUUAUGGCUCGCUUACCAGUUUGGUUCAGUUUGGUUCUUCUUAUUGAAUUAUUGAAUUAUAGUGUUUGGUGUUUGGAGCAUUCAGCAGAGACAUUUUAAAAUUCACCAGCUGUCUUUAAAGGCUUAAUUUGUUUUUUGUUUUUGUUUUGUUUUGUUUUCACUGCUCUUUUGGAUAAUGGGAUGUUUACAUCUUAAUGUAAAAAAAUGAAAAUAGGCAUAAAUAAUGUUUAUGUAUAGAAAUGCUUUCUUUCAUUAUUUGGUGUCUGCAUUGCUGAGUGUUUAUAUAACUGCUCUGUCUCUGUGAUGUUGCCAAAGAAACUAUUAUGAAUUUGGAAUGAAAAAUUUUUGCCAUGAAUGUAAAGUUCUUAAGCUCAUUAGACUUCUAAUGUGUAUGAUAGUAAUAUCUUCCGUUUGUACUGUACUUUAAAGAACAAGUUUCUGUUUACCUAAUUAUAAUGAGUUUUGUAGUGUAGGAGAAUUACUUGCCUUCUUGUUAUGAAGGAGGAAACUAAGGUAAUCAAAUGUUAAUGACUUAUCUAGGGUCACAGAGCUAAGCACAUACAACUUCUAAUCCCUUAGCCUUGGGGCGCUUCCCCACCAGAGUGGGGACUGAUGAUGAUAAAUAACUAAGGUGGUACUCGGGAAAUAGGUCUGCUCUUGGUGAAAUCAGGGAAUUGGGGACUUAAUGAGCUCAGGCGUGGUGUGGUAAAUUCUUAUCCUAAGCUAAAAUUGGCUUGAAAUUAGGGUAAUUCUGAAAUACUGCUUUUUUAUUAAAGUAUGCCGUGAAGGCAUAGAUGCUCUCUUUUAUAUCCUAAAAAUAAUUCCUUUUUUUUUUUUUGCUUGGGGUUUUGGGGUUUUUUUUGUUUGUUGGUUGGUUUUUGUUUGUUUGUUUGUUUUGGUCUGUUUUUGUAAUGUAUUUAUACCUGGCCUCCUUCCCAAAAGAACUUGAAGCAUGAUACCAAAUAAGACUUACACAGCAAUGGCAAUAAAAUAUGAACAGAAAGGGAGAAAAACAAGAUCAGUGAAAAUGAAGGAAGAGGGAACAUGAUGCUGUUAUCAGGUAUAAAACUUGACUCUUGAACUUCCUGGAGGUCAUGGCUUAGAAGAAGGGAAACAUGUUUUGCACUACUCUAGCUCUGUCUGUAAGUCAUAGUACGCCACUUCCUCAGAAGCCAGGGACUUCUUCCUGAGGGAUUCUGAUAAAAAAUGUUGGCACUUAGGGCUCCUGUGAAAUCCUAAAAUGAACAGAACCCUCAACUGUUUUAGAUAUUUGCAUAUUGUGAUUGUGCCUUAAAUCCUCAGCUUGUAACAGCUUUCAGAAUGCAUUUAAGAAUGUUUGGUGUGGUUAAUAGAGGAUUUUGUUCCCAUUAGGAAAAAUUCUUAUCCUAAGCUAAAAUUGGCUUGAAAAUCCCUUUGAAACAAAUGGAGACAUGGAGAAUCUUUACCUAAUUUUGUAAUUUUAUGAUUUAUAUCAAGUGAAUGUGCUGUCCCUGUAUUAGCACAUUUAUUUUGUAUUAAAUGUGGUCUUUUUCACAGUGGAAUCUAGUCUGGAGAAAUGUCUGGCUCCAUUCCUGUUAAGCCACAUCUAAAAUCUCAUUAGACUUGAUUUGUCAGGGCUCCACUGAUUUGUCGUAUGAGCCUUAACUUCUAGGUCAUAGAAGUGCUUCUUGCUUCAGCUUCUUAGCUGCCAACCUAAAAGGGAGUUGCUUAGCCUUUAAUCCAAAAGUUUUACUAUGUAACCUGGGGACCCCACUCUGAGCUGUUGGAUUUCUAAGAGAUACAGUGAAACGUGUGUGUGUGUGUGUGUGUGUGUGUGUGUGUGUGUGAGAGAGAGAGAGAGAGAGAGAGAUUUAUUUUAAGAAUUUUUUUGUUCAGUUUAAAAGAGCUAUCUGGAGUAUGUAGUAAAAGGAUGAAUAAAUUCCAGUUGACCUCAAACAUCAAGUGCAGGGGUUAGGGGCACCAACCCCUUCUUGUGCAGUCAAAAAUCCAUGUAUAACUACUUAACUAGUAAUACCUACAGCUUACUGGAAGCCUUACUGAUAACAUAGUGAAUUAACACAUUUUGUAUGAAGAUAAGAGAACAUUUUAAGAAAAUCUUUUUUUUUUCAUUUUAAAAAAUCUUAAGAGAAAAUGCAUUUAUAGUACUUUAAUUGUAGAAAGGUCCCAUGUAAGUGGCCAUGCACAGCUCAGACCUGUGUUGUUUAAGGAUCGGCUGUACUUCGAAAGCAGCCAGCACUCGGAUCGAAUUGAACACUCAGCCUUACCACCAAUUAUAGGUGACUCCUCAGGGCUGUUGUCUUUUUCUACGGGCAAGCCUUCUUUGUGUUUUUCUGCUUUAUCAUCUCUAAGGAAAUGCUGCAAUAAAAUCAAACCUGAUUUUCA